AAAGAACUAGCAAAGAGGCAAACAAAUGAAGGUCCGGCGAUCGUGAGAGGAAGGAGACUGCCGACCUGAUGUUCCAACGAGUGUGAGACAAAUAUCGACAAGUGGGCUACAGAGAUAGAUAGACGUUAUCAAGGCCGUUUCUGGCAACCGUGGCCGGUUCUACUGCUGUUAUUUUGUUGCAAUAUUUCAGUGAUGCAAUCACAGGGCAGCACUUCCUCCCAGCCCUCUGUUGAUUCGCUGAGCUCCAGUGACAGCUACCUGUUCAACCACUCUGAGCAGGCGGAGGAUGACACUGACGUCUUCCUGUCUGAACGCUCCCCCGCCGUCAUCCUCGGCACUGGGGGCAUGGUCAGGGGCAACGGGAGUGCCGGGGCAGAGAGUCCCGAGUCCCAGUGGGCGUGUGACGGCUUCACUGACCGCGAGGAGGAGGAGUCACAGGGUUCAGAGGUUACUGUAGGUCACCCCAGGGUCACAGCUGAGAGACAGAGAACAAGCGAGACGGAAAGAGAGAAGACAGAGGGAGACCUGCUCUUUGCCCAGAAGUGUGCUGAGCUGCAGGGGUUUGUAAGGCCCUUACUGGAGCUGCUGAAUGGACUGAAGGGGGGACGAUUUGACCGUGGUCUGAGUAGUUUCCAGCAGAGUGCAGCCAUGGACCGCAUCCAGAGGAUCGUAGGGAUCUUACGGAGACCCAACAUCGGGGAAAAGUAUAUGAACACUCUUCUCCAGGUGGAGACGAUGCUGAAGAUGUGGUUUCCACAGGUGUCCCCCUUGGCCCCACCUACCGCCCCUACCCUCUUCCCCCCUCACCUCUCCCCCCGGGACAGCCCCAGCAGCACCCCCCCACACAGGCACAGAGACCAGUCGCACAUCCCUGUGAAGAAGCGCAGACUGAGUUGGUCAGACACAGACUCUGACACCCCUCCUCCUGUACUCUUUAAGAGGCUCAACGGCGGUGGAGGAGAGGAGAGGGGGAAGGAGGGGGGAGACGUCCCCUCGGCAACUUCAGGGGUACCCCCACACCUCCAGGACCCCACCAGCAACCAAGAUAAUGAGAGAAAGGAAUAUGAGGACAGCAAAGAGAGAGAGGGAGAGUCAUCAAGCAUCAAAGCGGGGCUCUGUUCUGAGCCCGGUCCCACCUCGGUCCUUGUAGUGCCCAUCCUUUCCCCCUGGAAAGCAAUGGAGGGGAAACAGCUGCUGCCUGUCAUGCCACCUCCCACCACCAGGGGCAGUCCAGCCAUGCAGGACAGCGUAAUCUCUUCCACCACGCCCUUCAACAACCUCCAAAGCCAGCAGCAGCCAAUCGGGUGCCAAAGCCAGCCUGUUGCCAGGAAGACUGGGAAAAAGACCGUAAAGACCUGUCAGGGGCGGGUCCACGCUCAUUCAAUCACGGCAAAGCCUUUGAAAAGGGUGGAGUGUAAGAGCAGGGUUAACCCCGCCCCUUUAUAGACCUGAUGCACUGAGCACACUCCGACCAGCAGGCUAGUGUGACUACGUCAACAUGCUAAAGCUGCUGUGAUAGGGAGAGUCAGGGGUAGAAAUGGGCUGCAGUCCAAACACUUUAUUUUUAGCCCCUCAGCCCUUGCACUAGCCACUUUCCCUUGGGGGAAUCCCCUUUGAAACCGGAUGCAGUUUGAUUGCCAUCUUAAGUGGAGGUCCAAUUCACUAACGUUGCCCACUCGGCCCUCGAUUUAGCUCGAGGGAGCGAGUGAAGAACUUUGAUCACAUGCGGGGUUUAUAUGACCCACAAUUCAAUGCAAAUUGUAGUCACGUAUCAUACUCCGGUGGCCGCGAAUGUCACAUUCACUCACCACCGCUGCAUUUUCGGCCUGUCAGACAAAAUGGUGAUUCUAGCUUGCUAAAAUCAAUGUCAUAUAUCAAUGUCAUAUAUAUAUAUAUAUGACAUUGAUUUUAGCGUUGCUAAAUUGGCUUAGUCUCGUAGUGAGGAGCCUAUAAAACCUAGCUAGCUUCAUAAACAUAUUUUUGGGAAUUCUGAAAUGUAUUGCAAUAAAUGACCAAACUAUAAAACUAGCUAGCCAGCUAUGGAUAACUGUAGCUAGCUAGCUACGUUAGCUUGCUAGAUACAUGAAUAGCUUUAGGUUGGUUGUUUUUAAGCUCAACGUCAAGAUUUCCACUAAGGACGUUGCCUCUCCGAUCAUCACUCUCUAAUUUGAAUUUGGACUGCAGCCAUGGUUUUAGGUGCUGAUGUGUUUCCUUAAUGAUGGAUCGUUUGCAACUACCUAAACGCAAUUAGGACCAUUAAUGAAAAUGAUAUCUGAGAGACUACAGUUAUUACUACAUGAGGACAGAAUGUGUCCUUGUGAAUCAUAAUCACAGUUCCAUAACAAUCAGAUUUUUUUGCACAAAUAGUAGUUGUAGAUUGGGAAGGUUGGUAAGCACGUCUUAAAGCCCAUCGCUUGUUUAUAGAAUAUUGGAUCUCUGAUUGACCGAAUGGUAUACUCUCUUACUCCACUUAAGAAAAGGUAAAUGCCACUAUGCAAACUUAAUGGAAACGCUGUUGGCUUAGGGAUAUUUGGGUUUCAGGUGGUUGGAGGCAAGGAGGUGAGAGGUGACGAGGAGCGGAUGGUUAGGAGGACAGGUGGGAUAAGAUUUGGGGAUUAAGGAUAGUUAUAUUCCUGGAAUGAUAUUCCUGGAAUCUCCUCAGAGAUGAUGCUUCCAGUGAAUAACAGCAGACAGACAGUUCAAUAGACCGAGGCAUUACGGAUAGAAGUGAGGAAUAAUCCAACUAGCCAGAUGCCAUUAGACUACUGAAUGACCUCUAGAGCUGAAUAACAUCUAAGAGGACGUGGCAGGGACCUCUACUGAAGUCUAAAGAGGUUUAGAAUCGAUUCAAUGUCAAUCCACCAACAUGACACAAUCUGUUUGUGAAGACGGAUGCAAGGUGUUUUGGGUGAAGAUCGAUUAUGACUGUGAAACGAAUGAAACACAACUGUGUUUUAUUCUGUGUGGAGAAAUGUGAAGCGGGUUCUCCGUUAAACAGUAAAUCAAAAUUCAAUGGCCUAACCGGUAGGAGAUAGAAUACCAGACAGACCUCAGAUCAGCUUCUAGGGACAACUUAAUCCUUUAAAUGGCUCAGUGAGAGACUCUAAAGACCACCCUGAGAGAAGAGUCCACUCACAGACAGACAGAGACAGACAUAAAUCCUGUUUAUUUAUUCACAUGUUGACUUGACAACGCUGCGUUUAUUUAUUACCUUUAUUUAUUAAUUGGCAGCUGUGUUUCUCGCUCUUUGAACUUACAAUUGGUUGACCGAUGCUCUUGGGAAAGUUGCUGUACAACGGUUUGUGGUUUUUACUGUUAUGAUGGGACACAUUUUGGGGGGAUGAUUGGACUACUGUGCCUUUACCAAAUAGGAUGUGUACAAAAAAACGAAGCAUUUUAUUCUUUCAAAGCAUUUUCUACUACAUUUUGAUAGUUUGCUUGUCUUUCUUAAUAGCACAGUGCACAAUCAGUCGGAUAACACAGGACACAACGCCUAAUUCCUGCCUUCAAUCUCUUAUCUGGCUUCCAGGGGUCUGUUGGGCAAAACUAGCUACCUACAGAUCCCACAACAGCAAGGCAACCUCUACUCCAACCUGUGCAGUGGUCAUGUGUACAACACAACAGUAUUCUAUACAUAUACAUCAUAGUCUUGAAUGAACUAACGACAGUGGCUCAUUUAUUCCAGUGUUUAGAUUGACAGUUGCCUCUUCUCCGGGGUGUAUUUAUAGUUGAUUAUGUAGGUCUGACUGGAGGAUGUGAUCAGUGCUUACUAUCUCCUGUGUGCUUCUUGGCGCUCGUCAAACUUGAAAAACAUGUGAGGAUCAGAGCUGAAAGGCAGGCAGUAUGAAUAUUUAUUUUGCACCAUCAUCGCAAGCUGCUAUACAUAAUAUGACUAAAACAUGAUUGAUAUAUUCCUCAUAACAAAUAAUUAAUACACAUGUAUUUACUAAUGAAAUAUAAUAAUAAAUGCCAUUUAGCAGA